AUGAGACCAACAGAAAGGAAUCAAAAGAUUAUAGAUGUAUUGAAUCGUUUAGUUCAGCGAAAAAGAAGUAGUUCAGUCUUUAAAUCAGCUACAUUAAAGUAUAGAUAUGUUUCUUUAUAUCAUAUGUUUAUUUCAGUGAAUGAGUUGAGACAAUAUAGAUGUGUGAGAUUGGUUCAACAUAAUGAGUUUCAAAGAUUCCAAUUAGAUCCUUUGCCAAAUGUCAUAUUAAUUAAAGGAAUUGAAAAAGAAUCAUUAAAAACAAUUCUAGAUUUACUCCAUCAGGUUCCAGAUAUUGUCAAGGACAAUCUUCCAGCGAUUGUUUCUUACAUCGAUGAAACUGAAUGUAUAUUUGUGUCCUAUCAGAAUAUUAAAUAUGUUGUGUUGGCUGAAAAUGAUGAAACGGUCAGAAUGACAUUACCAAUGUUUCAAGAAAUUCAAGGUGAAAUUAAUUCAAAAAGAAGAAAUAAUGAGGAUAGUGAUAGUGAUAGUGAUGGUGAUGGUGACAGUGAUAGUGAUAGUUAUUGUAGUGAUGGUGAUAGCGAUAGUGAUUGUAGUGAUAGUGAUUGUAGUAAGUGUGAUAGUGAAAGCGAUAGUAGUUAUUGUAGUGAUAGUGAUUGUAGUAAGUAUGAUAGUGAAAGUGAUAGUAGUUAUUGUAGUGAUAGUGAAAGUAGUGAUAGUGAAAGUAGUGAUAAUGAUAAUAAUAGUAAUAGUAGUUGUAAAAAAGAAAGAGGUGUUAGUAGAAGAUCAAAUCGAAUUAGACCAAACACCACACCUUUGUCAAAUAGUUCAUCUAAAAUGAUUCCUGUUGAUCCAAGUUACCCAUGGGAAGUGUCAAUAAAAAAAAAACCAUCAAACACCACCACCACCACCACAACUUCUACUACUUCCUCUUCAAUAACAAAGCAAUCUUCUACUCAACAACAACAACAACAACAACAAUCAAAGGUUCAAAGACAAUCAAUUUCAGCAAAACCAAAACCAAACAACCUUCACUCAAAGGAAAUUCAUAACUAUCUUGAAUCAGCUCCAUCUUUCGAAUCGAUGGAUGAAAUUUAUUCUAUUCAUUUAUUAGCAGUUUUCUACUAUUUAUAUUUAUUACCUCAUGCUUUCAGUCACUUACCACACCCUACUGGAAUUCAAUUCAUUAUCUAUCAAUUCGUUUAUAAAUUGUGUAAAGUCAAGAACGAUCGUCUCGAUAUCCCACCAGCUAAAGUGAUUGAAUCUUUCAUCAAUAGUUAUCAAUGGUUGGACCAGAAUAUGCGAGAUUAUCUCAGUUUCACUCUCAUAAAUCAAGUUUCAAAUCUGAAAAACUUGAAUGGUGUCAAACCUCAUGUUCGUGAUUUACUUGGUCUCUAUUCAUUCCUCCCCAAACAAACCAAGAUGCUAGUCUUGAUUCAUUUCAAAACCAAGAAGAAUCCAAUACCAACAACUAUGGAUAUUCCGUUUAGAUUGUUCUCUACGACUCCACUCGAAGGAUUGCUCUCAAUUCAUGAUACUCGUGAUUCUAUGAUCCUAUCAAAGAAAGGUGGAUAUUUAUUUGCACUUGACCGAGUUAUCAAUUUAGAUCAAUUAAAUGAAACUGAUUUAUUUAGAUUUAUUAAUGGUGAUCGUGUCAAUUACAUUAAUAUUACUAAAUACUACGAAUUGAUAAAGAAUGAAAGGAUGUACUCAUUAAGCAAAAUGAAGAAACAAAGAGAACUUAAUAGUUUGGUAUUGGAUCAUCUUGAUGUAUUGAAACAUCUUCAGAUUGCCGAGCUCUUGCGGAGAAGGGAAGAGAGGAUAGCUCUUAAACCACCCACCACCAAACAAACAACCAAACCAACUAGCAAUCGUCUGACUUGUGAUCAAAUAAGAGAAGAACUGAAUCUCGAUAUCACCUCGAAUAGAACAAAUAAUGUAUUCAUUGUCUGUAGAGAGUCUGCAUGUGAAGGAAGUGGAGUCAGUAAUUCAAUGUUGCAACAGAUAACUCUUCUUCUUAGUAUGCUAAUAUUGAUUACAACCAACAAUACUAGUUCCAAUCUUCCAACUUCAUAUCUACCUUUGGAUAGUUAUCAUCUUGUAUUUAUCAUGGAAGUUAUUAGUUCAUAUUGGUUCCUUCUCAAGUUUAGAAAACAAAUGGAGUUGUUUAGGCAAAACUUGGAUGCCAGGGAUUUGGUAAUCAUGGCUGGAUUUGAACGGCUCACUCGAAAUGCAUCAGAGUUAAAAGAGCUAUUAGAUUUGUUUAGGAAAUACGGAAAUAUUAUCUUUGUUGAUAGGCUCAAGACGGUUCGGAUUGAAACUGGUACCUAUUUAAUUGACUUUGCCUUUGGUCAUGUCUACCGAGUGGAGAAAGGUCGCACAAUGUUAUUUGAACGUUUGCCAAUCUCGAUGGACGAGUUUGAAAGAGAGAUUAUGGAUAUUGGCACCAGAUACUUUGCGCUUUCCAAUGAACAUGGGUUGUAUUCCAAACGUCACCACAUCACAGAGCAUUGGAUCAACGAUGUCCUCAUUGAUCCAGAGAUUGAAAAGUUUAUGGAAGAGAUGUUUGGUUUCAUUGAUAGAGGUGUUUACUACGCCAGAACAUCGCCACCAAGAGGCGAUAGGGUAUUUGGUAAAUCAAUCAACUCUCAGGUAAAGUUUAGUCAGUUAUGUAUUCCAAAUCUAAAGUAUGCAUGUGUACGUCUUGCCAAAAGUGCCAAUCCCCUUGGAGCAAUGGAGCAUGGUGAAGAUCAUCGAGAUGAUCGAGUAAUUCUAUAUAAAGAUAAUUCGGAUUUGGAUAUUUAUGAAGAGACAAGAUCAGAACCUACUAGACCAAUUAAUCUAUUUAUCGAAAAUAUGAUUCAAUAUGCAAAGAAAUUCAUUUACAAAGGUAAUCGGCCAGUAGAUAAAGAUCUAGGAGAAGGAGUAUCGAAAAGAGAUAGUAGUUUGGAUCCACAUAUCAAGAAAGUACUCGAUUUACACGAAAUUGAUACCGGCAAGAUACAGCCGUGGAUUAUGGUAUUUACUGGUAUCGAUAGAUUGUCACGAAAUGAAGCUGAUCUUCCAGACAUUAUAAAGUUUGCUACUGCAUUGAACUGUAUGCUGGUUGGUUUCUUCCCACCUUCAGAGUACCUAGAGACAAUUCAAUCAGAUCUUUCAGCAUUCUUGUCUCAUACCAUUCAUACUAUUAGAGAGCACUGUGGUACACCCCAAAUUAAAGACAUGGAAGCAAACCAUCCAUCGAUAUUUGUAAAUUACCUUGCCUAUCUAUACGCAAUAUUCACACAAAGACUUACUAAAAUCAGAGAGCAUAUUGCUAAAGGAAAUAGUUUCGUUUCAUUCCGACCAGUAUUGUAUUUCCCGUUCAUUGUCUGUGAUUUCAUCAUUCCAUUCUUGAAUGAUUCAUUGGUAGGAGCCAAGAGGUUUCAUGAAGCAUCUGGAUUCACUAUGAAUACUUAUGAUCUCGAUUCUAUAUUACAACUAGUUAUCCAGGAGGCAACACAAAUCCUUCAAUCCAACAAGAGAACAUCAACUACAGAUUUAAAUGAUACAAACAAAUUAGCUAGAGUUAACGAUGACAACAACAACAAUAAUAACAACAAUAAUAGCAAUAAUAAUACAAGAAAGAGGUUAACAGUACAGAAAAUGAUUGCAGAAAAGAAUCCAAGUUUAAAAGAGAUAUUAGAAUCUUGGGUAAACAAAUCAAAUGUAGAAACAAUCAUAAGAGAAGUAGUGAAAUUAUUACAAUUUAAUGAUAAUCGAGGAAUCAUAGAGAAUGCAAUUUAUAGAUUGGUAAAGGAAUAUCAUAAUCUUUCAAUCAAUGGUCAAUCAAAUACCUCUGUCACUCAUAAUGAAAGAAUUAUUGUUGAAAGAAUUCAAAGACUUCAUAGAGUUGAAAUGUUCAAUCCUGAAAAUGAUUAUAGUUUGGAUAACCAUAAUUAUGUUCUGAAUGCAGGAAUCAGUAUGUCAGGCAAGCAAACAAGACAAUUGAGAACAGUCCAUUACUGUCCAAGUUGCAAGAAUAGUAUUCCAUAUUUACUAGAAGAAGAGAAUCUGAAGAAAUACUAUUGCUCUAGUACCUGUGCUUUAGCUGAUGGAGUCAAGGAGAAUUCCGAAAUCUUCAAGGCACAAUGUCAACAAUUUGAAUUUGGUAAACAAUGUUCAGAGUUGACUCUUUGUUAUCUAACAACUGGAACAACUUGA